GAAAUUUCAAGUAGCAGUGGUAUUGUCGGUGUUGAUGACAGUUGUAGUGUUGGGAGACGAGGCCCCUGUGGUGGCCACACUGGAGGGGAGGAUAUCUGGGGUGCUGGAGAAAUCAACCAACAACAAAGUUUUCUACUCCUACUACAGUAUUCCUUUUGCCAUGCCGCCCUUAGGUUCUCUGAGACUCAAGGACCCUGUACCUGCAAAGCCUUGGGAGGGUGUACUGAACGGUUCAGUCCUGCCAGAGAUGUGUCUGCAGGUUCCCUUUGUAGACACUGUGGCCGGGGUAAAGUUGCCUCCUCGGGACCUCGCCGGCAGCGAGGACUGUCUCUUCCUUAAUGUUUUCACCCCUAAGGAUGCUGCAGAACUCCCAAUAAUAGUGUAUAUUCACGGUGGUGGAUACUUCUCUGGGGGAGCUAGGGAAUACCUCCCUCACGUCCUUCUUAACCAUGACAUAGUACUCGUAGUUCUCCAGUACCGGCUUGGUACUCUAGGCUUCCUGUCGACCGAAGACUCAGUGAUCCCCGGCAACUUCGGGCUGAAGGACCAAACUUUGGCUCUUCAGUGGGUGCAGAAGAACAUUCACAACUUCGGUGGAGACAAGAGCAAAGUCACUAUUAUGGGCCAGAGCGCUGGGGCAGCUUCCGUCCACUACCAUAUUUUGUCGCCUAAAUCCAGUGGACUGUUCGCCCGCGCCAUCAUGCAUUCUGGGACAGCGUUGAGCUCAUGGGCGCUAACCAGGACACAUAGAGCACAGGCCAUGUAUGUAGCUGAGAACCUCGGCUGUCCUACUCUAGAGGGAAGUGAAGCCCUCCUAAAGUGUCUGCAGGCCGCCGACGCCCCAGCCCUCGCAGCCCUAGCACAAGAUUUCUUUAAGUGGUUCAUAUUGCCCAUGACACUUAGCCCACGAGUGGAUGGAGACUUUGUGCCUGAUGAGCCAGGUCUUCUGCUCAGGGAGGGACGCUACACCAAGGUUGACCUCUUGGCCGGUGCUGUCAGCCAGGAAGGAGCUAUGUUUACUCACG